GCCCCCGUGGUUUCCUCGGCUCCAGGAGAUUGAAGGAAGAUGAUGCUGCUGAGCGCCCGGCGCGGACCUCGUGCGUAGCUGGCCAUUCUUAGCCAUAGAUUUCGACUUGCCUUCUCCACCGAAUUUUUAUGCCAAAUUUAUUUUCCGAUGUCGAACUGUAACCGGAGCGGCGAGGACACCGAGUGACACCACAAAGAGAGGAGGAGGGUGCAGCAGCAACAGUAACUGGACGGAGUUGGGCUUCAUAUUACACCGGAUGCCAUUAUACGGUUUUAACUAUCAGCUACUAUAACAAGCCAGCAGUAGAACCAUGGAGGUUGUAACACAUUUUAUGAAUGACACUGUAGAGUUUUACAAAUGGAGCCUUACUAUAGCAGACAAGAGGGUGGAGAACUGGCCAAUGAUGUCAUCACCCUGGCCCACCCUGGCCAUCAGCUGCCUGUAUUUGAUCUUCCUGUGGGCGGGGCCUAAGUACAUGCAGGACCGCCAACCCUACACACUCAGGAAGACCCUCAUAGUCUACAACUUCAGCAUGGUGGUCCUCAACUUUUACAUCGCCAAAGAGCUUCUGCUAGCAUCGAGUGCUGCUGGAUACAGCUACCUUUGUCAGCCUGUCAACUACUCCAAUGAUGUCAAUGAAGUCAGGAUAGCCUCAGCUCUUUGGUGGUACUAUAUUUCCAAAGGAGUGGAAUUCCUGGACACUGUGUUUUUCAUUCUGAGGAAGAAGUUCAAUCAGGUCAGCUUCCUUCACGUCUACCAUCACUGCACCAUGUUCAUCCUUUGGUGGAUCGGGAUUAAAUGGGUUCCUGGAGGACAAUCAUUUUUUGGUGCAACCAUCAACUCCUCCAUCCAUGUGCUCAUGUAUGGUUACUAUGGCCUGGCAGCCCUGGGACCACAUAUGCAGAAGUACCUCUGGUGGAAGAAAUACCUCACUAUUAUUCAGAUGAUCCAGUUCCACGUGACCAUCGGCCAUGCUGGCUACUCCCUCUACACCGGCUGUCCGUUCCCCUGCUGGAUGCAGUGGGCUCUGAUUGGCUACGCCGUCACCUUCAUCAUCCUCUUCGCCAACUUCUACUACCACGCGUACAGACGCAAACCUUCAGCGCAGAAAGGAGGCAAACACGUGGCGAACGGCACCUCCCUGACUAACGGUCACAGCAACGCAGAGGAGGUGGAGGAGAACGGGAAGAGGCAGAAGAAGGGGAGAGCGAAAAGGGAGUGAAGGAGGAGGAAGCAGCUGUGUGGUGACAGAGGACAGGAAGAAGGGAGGGAGGAGAAAUCAAAUCAGACGCAUCCCUGCUGAUACUGUAGAUGUCUGGGACCAACAGGAGGAGAUGAACGGAUAGCAGUGUGUGUUUGUGGGCUUGUCUGUUAAAAGAAAAAAAAGAAGUUGCUGAUCUUGUCAGGGAGAAAAAAAUGUCUCCAUAAGAGUUUAUUUUAACCAAAACAAAGAAAAUGUUUGAUGUUGUAGGCUGUUUGCUCCUCUGUCCAACUUUAUUUUGGGCUCUGAUAGGACCAAAAUGUUUAAGGACCUUCAACCUGCUUUACUUCUAUGACCAAAAAAAGAAAAAAAAAUCACCUUCAUGUUUUGUACUCUGGACUCUCAUAUUUCAGCUUGAAUAGUCCUUAAUAUGCAAAUGUAUAUAUUAGUGCUUUUGAAAGUGACGUUUUAUCAUAAAGAGGGGAAAAAUGACCAACUGGAUUAUGUUGUUUUGUUUGCUACACUACUACAGACGUGUAGUUGGGUUGACGAUAGUCCACAUCUAUAACUGCUGUUCUUCACUUAUGUCAGUUUAACAUAUCACAAACUUUUUAUUUAUUUCUGCGUCCAGCUGGAAAAAAAAAAAAAACAUUGCUGCGUUUACAAGAAGAUGCUAUUUCCUUUGUUUGUUGUGGGAAACGAAUGACCACACUGUAGAACUUCUUUUUAUUCUAUGGGGGAUAAAAUACAUAUUUUUGUGGGUCCUUAAGGUUUAUUUGCUGUGUAAAGUAGCAGAGGUGAAAAAAAUAAGAGAUUGAUAUUUGGCUCAAUGCUGUCUCACUGCCGGUUAAAGAUAAAGACGUUAUGAUGACAGGGCUUUUUUUUUUUUUUUUUAAAGAAAAGAAUUGGUCGUUUCAAUCUUAAAACAAGGUGACACAGCUUCCUGGCUCCACAUAUAAAUGAAAUAAAGACAGUGUCAGCACACCUUCACAGAU